AUGAAUCCAUUCACUAUUGAUAAUUCAAUACCACCACUUAAAAGAGUCAAAGAAAGACUAGUAGGAGAUGCAAUACUCAAAGUAAAUCAAUGGAAAAUGAUUCUCUUAAAUGGGAUUCCUUAAUCUGAUGGCAGUACAAUGAGAUUAACCCUCAAUAAAGCAGCAGAGAUAAUAGGAAUUCCUAAAAAAAGUUUAGAGGAUUAUAAUCAACUAUUUAAAAAAGUUACAUUGCUGACAGAUGUAAACCAAUUUGCAAAUGAAAAAAUGGGAGUACUUAGAAAUUACUUAAGAAAAAAUUCGAAAAGACUCAAAAAAAUAUUAAAAAGUUAGAAAGUCUAAGAAAAUAUAAAAACAAAAUAAAAAAAUAAAAAUUUAGAUAAUUAUGUUCAUCAAUGUCAAUCAGAUAUGAUUGGUGAAUGCUAUAUCAAAUAGGAUGAAGAAAUAUAUGAAAUUGGAUAGUAGUCUAUGUCAAAUUAAUCAAUUUUUUAAAAAUAAGAUGAAACUUCAAUGAUAAAAUUAGAAGAAGAUUGUAAUAUGUUCAAUGAAUUUGAAAAAGAUUAUGAAUCUGAUUUAGAAAGCAAUCCAUCCCCUCUUGGUGUAAGUUUUAUCUUCAGAAAUAAGUAAACAGAGUAUCAUCAACAUUUUGAAUAAUUUUGA